ACUCUUUUCCUCUCCCCCUCGGAGAGGAGCUCUGGCCUGUCAUUCUCAAAUCCACACAGGUGAGGGUGCUGCUAAAGGAAUGUGCAGAGAGCGAGUGAGCAAAGGACAGAAAGAACGGUGGAGCGAUCUUGUGGACUAUCAAAGCCAGCGGAAGAAAGCAACGGUGUUGCCUGUGACCCACCUGAACAGCUUGAGCAAAAGAGGAGGGACCAGACACACAUUCACUCUUAAACACAAGUCGUCUCUGGGGGGGAAUAUUCAGUCGAUUGUGCACUGCCCCAAGUGGGGUAGGAAGGGAACUUUUUCCUGCAAGCACAAAUAGUUUCCCUGUUGUUUGGAUUUGUGAAGAAACAGGUGGAAAGCAGGUUAUUUUCCCUCUUCGGUUAAUCAUUGGAAACAAGAGAGAGAAUUAAGGGUUUUCUUUUAGAGAACUUUGCUGUUUGUUGUUGGGCUCUGGGACUUGGAUUGGGAAACAACAAACUAAGAGACUGAAAUGGGAGGAUGGGCGCUGCAUCUCGCUGUGGGGAUCUACGUUCUCAUGCUCGCUGUGACAGCCAGCCAUGCUAAUGAGGUGAACCGCUGUACUGCUGCCGGGGCAAAAACCUGCUCAGAAUGUAUCCAGAUCGGACCAGGAUGUGCUUACUGCCCUGAUGAGAUAUUCGAGUAUGAACGUUGUGACCUGAAGGAAAACUUGGAGGCCCGUAAAUGUAGUAGACAUAUGGUAACAAUUGAGAGCAGCAGUAAAACCUUAAAGAAUGCGACUAUUAAUAAGUCACUAACGUACUCUCAGGUGGCCCCUCAGCAAAUGAGCAUGACGCUUCUCCCCGGGGAGGAGAGGGAGGUGGAGAUGGAGGUGUUUGAACCAGCCCAUGGCCCUCUGGACCUCUACAUCCUCAUGGACUUCUCACAUUCUAUGUCUGAUGAUCUGGACAAAUUGAAGAGUAUGGGAAACCAGCUGGCUGAGCUUGUUGGAAAAAUCUCUGACGAUUACACAAUCGGAUUUGGCAAGUUUGUGGACAAAGUCACCGAGCCUCAGACUGACAUGAGACCAGCUAAAUUAAAAGUGCCGUGGGCCAAAGCUGACCCUCCGUUUUCAUUCCGUAAUGUCAUCACUCUCACAAAAAACAUAGACACCUUUAAACAGAAGCUUGAGCAAGAGUGCAUAUCUGGCAACCUGGAUGCCCCCGAGGGGGGGUUUGAUGCCAUCUUACAGGUUGCUGUCUGCCAGGAACAAAUUGGCUGGAGGGAUGACAGCACUCACUUGCUUGUCUUCUCCACUGAAUCAGCCUUCCAUUAUGAGGCAGACGGUGCCAAUGUGCUCGCGGGCAUCUUGGAUCGUAACGAUGAGCAAUGCCAUCUGACUUCAGAUGGAAAUUACACACAUGAUACUCGUCAAGACUACCCAUCCAUACCCACCAUAGUGCGACUCCUGAUGAAACAUAACAUCAUCCCAAUCUUCGCCAUUACUAACCACUCCUAUUCAUACUACGAGAAACUCCAAGAAUACUUCCCUAUUGCUGAGCUAGGACUGUUACAAGAAGAUUCCUCCAACAUCUUGAACAUUUUAAAAAAUGCUUUUGAAAAUAUUCGUUCCAAGAUCAGUAUCCGUGCAGAGGACAGACCAAAGGCAGUGAAAGUCAACAUACACUCUCAGUCUGGCACUUUUUCUGAAUCUGGCAAAUAUAAAAUCACACCAGGUGAAAUUGGUAAAUUUACAGUCAGUCUGAAGGCUCUUACUCAUGUGGGAGAGCAGCAUGUUUGUAAAGCCAACCAGGCUGACCGGGCUGGAGCCUUAAGAGUCAAACCAACCACAUUUAGCUCCGCCCUCAGAAUCAAGACCGAAGUGCUCUGUCAUACAUGUGACUGCGAAAAGACUCCGGUUAAAAAUGCAGCGCGCUGUAACGGCCAAGGAGAUCUUGUCUGUGGGAAAUGCCAGUGUUCUGAUGGAUGGCAAGGCCCUUUCUGUAACUGUUCAGAGGUCUCCACGGACUCAGACAAGUGCAUCGAACCUGGGAAGAACGAGUCUUGCUCGGGCAGAGGAGACUGCAUGUGUGGGACCUGUAUGUGCUAUAACCCAUUCCAGUUUGAAGGGCCCUUCUGCCAGUUUGACAAAUCUCAGUGCCAGAGAUUUGGUGGAUUUCUCUGUAAUGAUCGUGGAAGCUGCAGUAUGGGCAGAUGUGUUUGUACACCGGGAUGGACUGGAGAUGCCUGUGAAUGCUUCAGCGGCAAAAAAUUAUGUCUGGACAGCAAAGGGGGCAUCUGUAAUGGCCUUGGUGAGUGCAAAUGUGGUCAUUGUGAGUGUGCAAAAUCUGGAAUCCCACUGAGCCCCACUUGUGAAGCAAACUUCCAGCAACUACUGGGUAUAUGUGAAGGCAAGAGGAGCUGCGUUCAGUGCCAGGCUUGGAACACCGGAGAGAGAAAAGGACGGAAAUGCAAUAAAUGUCCCUUUAAAAUCAUCAUGGUGGAAGAGCUCGAAGACAAUAACAAAGUAAUAGAGACGUGCAGUUUCCGUGAUGAAGAUGAUGACUGCAAUUAUCACUACACUGUGAAUUAUCCAUUAAACAUCACAGACAAAGAACACCACGUCCUAGUAAAGAAAAAGAAAGAUUGUCCACCUGCAGGUUUUCUGUGGUUGAUUCCUCUUAUUAUGUUUCUGAUGCUGUUGCUUGGUUUGCUUUUGCUCUGCUGCUGGAAAUACUUCACCUGUUGCAAGGCGUGUCUUGCUCUUCUCCCAUGCUGUGGCAGAGGUCGUACUGUGGGAUUCACAGAAGACCACUACAUGCUACGUCAGUCUUUGUUGACCAGUGAUCAUUUGGAGACCCCAAUGGUGCGGACCGGCCCACCCAAGAGCACAGACAUUGUGCGUUGGAAAGUGAUGGACAAUGUGCAUCGAGGACCAAACCACCCACAGAACCAAAUCAAACCCAACCCCAAAGAGAUCAUUCAGUACCCUAUCUCUCUUCGUCUGAACCGGCAAUAUUCAGAAACUCUAUCCAAAGAGUCUCGGGACACAAACAAGCUCAGACAAGAAGUUGAGGACAACCUCAAUGAUGUGUUCCUGCAGAUCCCUGGAGCACAGAGAGUGCAAAAGUCUAUGUUCAGGACACAAAUAAAUUCUGGAAAGAGAAAGAACAACACAAUUGUAGACACAGUGUUAACUGCCCCUCGUGCCAGUUACCCAGAUAUAGUGAAACUGACAGAUAAACAGGUUCAGGCUGGAAACUUCCGGGACCUGAAAGUGGUUCCAGGCUACUACACCGUAGCUACUGACAGAGAAGCGGCAGGUGCUGUAGAGUUUCAAGAGGGUGUGGAGUCAGUGGAUGUCCGAGUUCCCCUCUUUUUGAAAGAUGAGGAUGAUGAAAAGAAGGAACUGCUUGUUCAAGCCAUUGACGUUCCAGUUGGACUUGCGAAGAUUGUCAAAGAUCAUAUCAACAUCACUGUGAUUAGGGAACAUGCUAGAAGCAUCUUUACCUUCCUGCAGCCGUCAUACACCUACAGUCGUCAGGAUGGUGUGGCAAACAUCCCGAUCAUUCGUGAGAUCAUAGAGGAUGGAUGGACACAGGUCACAUACUGCACAAAUGACCUCACUGCCAAAGACAGGAAGGACUAUAUCUCAGUUGAAGGAGACUUGAGUUAUGGACCAGGGGAAACAGAGAAGACUGUCCCAGUGAAACUCUUGGAGCUUGGCGAGGGAGAUGGAAUGCUAGAGGACAAACAAGUCAAACAGUUUGUGAUGGAUCUGAGCAACCCACGGCAAAGUGCUAAACUGGGCCGCUACCCACGCACCACUGUCACCAUCGCCGAUAAACCAGGGGAUGGGAAACUGGGUUUCCAGAAAAAUGUGAAUCCGUCACCCACAUCUCCUGGAGGACACCUCUACGCCCCAACCAACAUCAAGGCUGUUACUUCCGGCCCUAAAAACAUCCGCCUGAACUGGAACCCCAGUGCAAAUGCCAGUGGUUACAAGGUGAAGUACUGGAUUUAUGGAGACCCUGAGGCUAAGGCUCAGGUGCUGGAUGUGAAGACUCCUCAAGCCGAGCUGACUAAUCUCUACCCAUACUGCGACUAUGAGAUGCGUGUAUGUGGCUACAAUGCACUCGGAGAGGGCAAUUACAGUGAUAUCAUUCAAUGCCAGACUCUAGAGGAUGUACCUGGUGAACCUGGUCGCUUGGCUUUCAAUGUCAUCAGCCCAACUGUCACUCAGGUCAGCUGGGCAGAGCCAGCAGAGACGAAUGGGGUCAUCACUUCAUAUGAGGUUAUCUACACACCUAUCGACGAGAACAACAAACCUGUAGGACUUUCUAAGAAGGUAAUGAUUGACAACCCCAAAAAGCGUAUGCUGCUCAUCGAGAACCUGCAGCCUUCUCAGACCUACUGCUACAAAGUGCGUGCUCGCAAUAAGGUGGGCUGGGGCCCAUACAGAGACGCCACAAUCAACCUGGGUUCACAACCUACCAGACCCAUGUCAAUUCCCAUCAUUCCUGACAUUCCCAUUGUGGAUGCAGAAGCUGGAGAUGAAUAUGACAGCUAUCUGAUGUACAGUAAUGAAGUACUACGAUCCCCAACGGGUAGCCAGAGACCUAGCGUCACAGAUAUGACUGAUGAUCAGUUUGGAAAUGGAAAGUGGGACCAGAGUUUCCUGUACCUAGGAGGAAGCGGCUCCCUUUCCCGUAAUGUCAGUUCCUCAUCAUCCACAUACAGCCAUUCCACACCCCGUCUCGGUGGAACCAAUAACAGCAGCACCACAAUGUACAUUUCUGGCAAAGGAGGUUCAACGACACACAGAUAUGAUCUUAGGGAUGGUGGACUUCUCAAAGAAGAAGUGAUUCUGAGGAAGCGUUCUGAGAACAGGCAUUACACAGACAGUGAUGGAACCAGAGAUUCUAUCGUCAUGGGAAACCUGUCUGCUGGAUUUCUGGACAACUUGGGGGUCUCUAGCUUCAGCCAGAGUACAACUGCCAGCUACAGCUUGAGCUCCAGAGCUCGUACUCAGUCUGAAGAUAUCAACGAUGCACUGCAGAACCUGGAUGGUGUUCUUCAGGACUCUCGCUUCAACCCGGGUGUCCCUGAGACUCCCAGCAGACUGGUUUUCUCUGCCCUGGGGCCCACGGCCCUGAAAGUGAGCUGGCAGGAGCCCCACUGUGAGACCGAUGUACUGUGGUACUGCAUCCUUUACCAGCUUCUCAGUGGAGAUGAGGUAAAGUGUAUUGAGGUGAACAAUCCUGCUAAGAACUCUGUGGUGGUUCAGGAUCUUCUGCCCAACCAAUCCUACAUCUUUAAAGUGAAGGCCCAGAGUCGAGAGGGCUGGGGUCCUGAGAGAGAGGGAGUCAUCACCAUUGAGUCUGCAGUCGACCCCAAGAGUCCACUGAGCCCAAUGCCAGGAUCUCCAUUCACACUCAGCACUCCCAGCGCUCCGGGACCUUUGAUCUUCACAGCUUUGAGUCCAGACACACUGCAGCUGAGCUGGGAGAAACCCCGCAAACCCUACGGGGACAUCAUGGGCUACGUGGUUACCUGUGAACAGCUGAAUGGUGGAGGAGAUCUUCGCUCCUUCCAGGUGAAUGGCAAUGCUGCAACUUCUUUGACUGUGUCCGAUUUGAAAGAAAACAUGCUGUACAAAUUCAAAGUUCAAGCCCAGACCACACAGGGCUUUGGACCGGAGCGAGAGGGCAUCAUCACCAUCGAAUCCCAAGAUGGGGGCUCCAUGUCACAGUACAACAGUAAUUCAGUCACAAAGAGAGAGGUGUUCAGCCUACCAACACAGAGAGAGGUGUUCAGCCUACCAACAGAGAGAGAGGUGUUCAGCCUACCAACAGAGAUUACUUCACACAACAUGUUCUCAGAACCUUUUGUGCCUUCAGAAGGUAUGAUGAUGAUGUCGGGCGGCACUAUCACGCAGCAGAUGGAGAUGGUGCAGAGAGGAGUGAUGUCCAGCAGCACCGUCACUAAGAAGGUGGAGAGACAGUACUAUUGAGCCUAAUCGAACUACCUUUUGCCUUCAGCUGAAAUUACAUGGCAGAGCAGCAGUAUAAACACAUGCUCAAAUCAAACUAGAAAAAGUUCACAGACCAAUGUGUACAAUAUAUAGUAUGAUGUUUAUGUGAGCAUGAGAACAGCAGAGUUCUUGGAUUCCUCGGAUUGUUGGACCAAAGUCUUGAUAUCUUGUUUAAUGUAAAGACUUAAACCUUUUAGUGUUAUCUUAUUGCUUCCAAACAGGUGUUGGUUUAAACUUUUGGCAUUAAAUCAUGUUUUAUGUAGUGUUCGCGAGGAAUGUUACUGAUGUUUGUGGGAUGGGAUACGGCUCUGUUGCUCAUUUGAGAUUAACUGCAUUCAUUUUGACGAGGUUUGAAGUUAGCAGGUAUCAUAUCAUGAUAUUUAUAUCAUUGACAUUGCUUUCAAGUUUCAAGAUGUAUCAAGUUUUUUGAGCAUGUAGGUUUUCUUAAAUGCAUUUCACAUCAAAUAUUGCUGUGUCUCUUGAUUUAGAGUGUAUACGUCAACUCAUGAGUAUUUUCCCUCCUACUUCAAUUUUUUUAUUUUUUAUUUUUUUUACUUAAGGGUUGCAUAAAAUGUUGCAACAUGAGUGCAUACAUAUGGAUUCGAUUCUUAGGAUUGUAAAUAUGUUACUGAGGUUUGUUUUUUUAUUGCCUGGUUGCAAGAUGUGCUGUUGUAACU